AUGACGAUGGUAGUGUCAGCUAUCAUGAGAGGAAUGGAGGAUAUGAUGGGCGUCACUCUUGAGGAAUUAGCAACCAUGCUGUUGAGAGUUUUCGGUUGCACUGCUUAUGCUCAUGUUGAUAAUGGAAAGCUAGAACCAAGAGCAAUUAAGUGUAUGUUUCUUGGUUAUGGUUAUGGAGUUAAAGGAUAUAAGUUAUGGAAUCCUAAAACUAAAAAGAUUUUCAUGAGCAGGAGCGUUGUUUUCAAAGAAUCUGUUAUGUUUAAUGACAGCUUAUCCAUAGAUGUUUCUCCAGUUGGUUCUGAUGAGGAGCAGCAACAUGUUAGCGUGCAGGUGGAGCACGUAGAUGAUCAGGAAACUGAAAUUGUUGAUAACAAUGUUCAUGAUAUUGUUCAGCACUCACCUCCUGUUUUGCAGCCUCAAAAUCAGUCUAUUGUAGAUCGCAGAACAAAGAGGAAUUGUGGACCUCAUCCAUGUUUAAUUGAGGAAUGUGAUAUGGUUCAUUAUGCCUUUAGUUGUGCUGAACAGGUGGAGAACAUUCAUGAGCCGGCUACGUACACUGAAGUUGUUGUUUCUGGUGACCGCGAGAAGUGGAUUUCUGCUAUGCAAGAGGAGAUGCAGUCACUCGAGAAAAAUGGCACAUGGGAUGUUGUUCGCUUGCCCAAGCAAAAGAAGGCCGUUCGUUGCAAAUGGAUCUUCAAGAGAAAGGAGGGUUUAUCUCCCAGUGAGCCUCCAAGACUUAAAGCAAGCUUAUCCAUAGAUGUUUCUCCAGUUGGUUCUGAUGAGGAGCAGCAACAUGUUAGCGUGCAGGUGGAGCACGUAGAUGAUCAGGAAACUGAAAUUGUUGAUAACAAUGUUCAUGAUAUUGUUCAGCACUCACCUCCUGUUUUGCAGCCUCAAAAUCAGUCUAUUGUAGAUCGCAGAACAAAGAGGAAUUGUGGACCUCAUCCAUGUUUAAUUGAGGAAUGUGAUAUGGUUCAUUAUGCCUUUAGUUGUGCUGAACAGGUGGAGAACAUUCAUGAGCCGGCUACGUACACUGAAGUUGUUGUUUCUGGUGACCGCGAGAAGUGGAUUUCUGCUAUGCAAGAGGAGAUGCAGUCACUCGAGAAAAAUGGCACAUGGGAUGUUGUUCGCUUGCCCAAGCAAAAGAAGGCCGUUCGUUGCAAAUGGAUCUUCAAGAGAAAGGAGGGUUUAUCUCCUAGUGAGCCUCCAAGACUUAAGGCAAGUCAGCAAAGUUAUAUUAAGAAAGUUCUUCAUCGUUUCUACAUGCAUGAUGCAAAGUCUGUUAGUACUCCUAUUGCUCCUCAUUUUAAAUUAUCAGCUUUACAAUGUGCUAGUACGGAUGAUGAUUUUGAGUACAUGUCAAGAGUUCCAUAUUCUAGUGCUGUUGGUUCUUUGAUGUAUGCCAUGGUUUGCUCUCAUCCUGAUUUAUCAUAUGCUAUGAGUUUGGUUAGUAGAUACAUGGCUAAUCUUGGUAAAGAACAUUGGAAGGCUGUUCAGUGGAUUUUCAGGUACCUUCGUGGCACAACAAAUGCCUGUUUGAAGUUUGGCAAGACUGAUAAGGGACUCACUAGCUACGUGGAUUCAGAUUUUGCUGUCGAUUUGGAUAAGAGGAGAUCUCUCACAGGUUAUGUGUUCACUAUUGGUGGUUGUGUUUUGAGAGUUUUCGGUUGCACUGCUUAUGCUCAUGUUGAUAAUGGAAAGCUAGAACCUAGAGCAAUUAAGUGUAUGUUUCUUGGUUAUGGUUAUGGAGUUAAAGGAUAUAAGUUAUGGAAUCCUAAAACUAAAAAGAUUUUCAUGAGCAGGAGCGUUGUUUUCAAAGAAUCUGUUAUGUUUAAUGACAGCUUAUCCAUAGAUGUUUCUCCAGUUGGUUCUGAUGAGGAGCAGCAACAUGUUAGCGUGCAGGUGGAGCACGUAGAUGAUCAGGAAACUGAAAUUGUUGAUAACAAUGUUCAUGAUAUUGUUCAGCACUCACCUCCUGUUUUGCAGCCUCAAAAUCAGUCUAUUGUAGAUCGCAGAACAAAGAGGAAUUGUGGACCUCAUCCAUGUUUAAUUGAGGAAUGUGAUAUGGUUCAUUAUGCCUUUAGUUGUGCUGAACAGGUGGAGAACAUUCAUGAGCCGGCUACGUACACUGAAGUUGUUGUUUCUGGUGACCGCGAGAAGUGGAUUUCUGCUAUGCAAGAGGAGAUGCAGUCACUCGAGAAAAAUGGCACAUGGGAUGUUGUUCGCUUGCCCAAGCAAAAGAAGGCCGUUCGUUGCAAAUGGAUCUUCAAGAGAAAGGAGGGUUUAUCUCCCACUUUACAAUGUGCUAGUACGGAUGAUGAUUUUGAGUACAUGUCAAGAGUUCCAUAUUCUAGUGCUGUUGGUUCUUUGAUGUAUGCCAUGGUUUGCUCUCAUCCUGAUUUAUCAUAUGCUAUGAGUUUGGUUAGUAGAUACAUGGCUAAUCUUGGUAAAGAACAUUGGAAGGCUGUUCAGUGGAUUUUCAGGUACCUUCGUGGCACAACAAAUGCCUGUUUGAAGUUUGGCAAGACUGAUAAGGGACUCACUAGCUACGUGGAUUCAGAUUUUGCUGUCGAUUUGGAUAAGAGGAGAUCUCUCACAGGUUAUGUGUUCACUAUUGGUGGUUGUGUUGCUGGCGCAGAGCUACGGGGAGGCAUUGAAGCAGGGCAGCAACGUCAGGCAGGAGAGGCGGCGUAUCCAGCACGGAACGGCGUGGGUGAGCGCACCGGCUGUGAGGACGUAGAUGACGAGGGUAGAUAA